AUGUUCAUUGAGAGGGCGAUGUUUUUCCUGGAGUUUGCUUCCGAGCAGGCUCAUAUGACACGAUUUCUAAGCAUGCUCAAGACUGGCAUUAGACAGUUCGUUGCUACCUAUCGCUGUGAUACAUUACUGGAUUUGCAGGCGGCUGCUAGGCGACGGGAGCUGGAUAUUGAGUUACAGUUGCGAGAGCAGAGGCGGGCCCCAUUGCAGUCGCAGUCAGCGCCAAAGCGGUCCAAGAAUGCUGAUUCUGGGAUUGGAGACGUGUUGUUUCUGCUUAGGUUCACCGCUUCUCGACCCAAUCAGAUUAGUGCCUCUUCACCGAUCAACCGCCUCAGAUGCUUCUCCGUUCUUAUCCCCUCUUCUCCUGUUUCUCACUCAACUUCGCUUUCUUCAAUCACAAUUGUAGUACACGAUGCCAAGGAGCUUCUUCUCCACUUUCUGGCUUACCUGUUACGAUCGAGACACCACCAUCAAGUUUUACCAUUAAUUGAAAAAGAUUCAAGCGUUUCCAAUCAUUCAGCAACCGACGAUGACUUCAUAAUUUUCAGAUUAUUGGCUUCAAUUUUGAAGGAGUUUAAAAAGUCAAACAAUGAAGAAGUUGCAGUUCUAUCUGCAUCUCGACCUGCCUCUACAGUUGUUCGUGCAGCUAAUGCUACUGAAGUUUCCAGUAAUCUGUUAAAGCUUUUUGAGCCACGACCUCCUCUGGAGUACAGACCACCUCCUGAGAAGAGAAAAUGUCCACCAUACACAGGCAUGGCCCAAUUUGUUAGCCACUUUGCUGAACCCACUGAUCCUGAAUAUGCUCCACCAGUAGUAAAGGGUGAAACACCUGGCCAAAGGAGGGCUAGGAUUCACUGGUUACGUACAAAUUUCGAGUUUAUAACCUUAACACUGUCAUUGUGGUUGACAUUUGUUCAUUUCAAUGACAGGUAUCUUUCAUACAAUUUCUGUAAUGGAUCCAUUCCUGAAAGCCUUGGAGGUUUAACAUCAGUUCGAAUAUUGAAUCUGAAUGGGAACUCCCUAUCAGGAAGAGUCCCAGCUGCAGUAGGAGGGAGGCUUUUACACAGAUCAAGUUUCAAUUUUACUGAUAAUAAAGGUCUUUGUGGGAUACUUGGAUUACAACAUUUUCUCUCCCCUUUUGUCAGACAAUAGAAGGAUCGGGAAGAAGUGAAUAAAAUUGUCUGCAAUUCAAAAGCGACAAUGACAUGGUAAGGGGUGAAAAUUCUUGAGUACAUUAGAAAAGAAACUGUUGAUGUUUUGAUUGUAGAAUCAGGAAUGGAAGUUGUCUUAACAAAGUUAACAGUUCUUAUCCUCCUGCUGCUAAGUAAGUGCAAUCCAAAUACAGAAACUCCAUUUGAAUGAAAUCACUAAAAUACCCCUAUUGAUAACUUUUUUACAGGGCACAUGUGGUGGGUUGGCCUCCAGUUACAUCUUUUUACAAGAACAUUUUGGCUACAAAUUCAAAUAACAAUGAUGAGGUGGAUGGGAAGCCUGGACCUGGUGCUUUAGAGUCAACCUACAGACAAAAUCAUUAAUUCCGUGGAAUGAAGGGACGAUGGGAAUGGAGCUUCAAGCAGUGGAAGUAAGCAUAAAAAAUCUUAUUUUUUCACAUUCAUUAAUCUCGAUUCUUGAUUUUGUGAUGUUUUUUAAAGACACCCGUAUUGAGUAAUUUGCCAAAAAAAAGGAUAAAAGAUAAAGGCUGUCAUUUAAAAAAGAUUGGUUUUGUUUAAUUUGUUAAUAAUUUUCAACUUUUGAAAGCUCGAUUUCUAAUCCUAAUUUUCUAAUUUUUUUUUUUUUUUUUUUUUUUUUUUACAUUGACCAACAAAAACAAGUGCAUACAUAUUGUUUUGUAAAUACCUAUAAUUCGAUUCAGUUUUCAUCUUUGUGAGAAUCAUAUUCAAUGACAUUUUUCAUACUAAAUGGUGAAAAGAAGCUAAACUGUGAAGACUGAUGUAUGUAUUUUUUUGUUUUUUUAUUUCUUAUUACUAGAUAAAAGAAUAAUAGCAAGUUUAACAAAUAGACACACUUGCUGAAAUGAGAACUUAAAUAAAAAAACAAAUGUAAUCAAAAGCAAAAAAAAAAAUCCAAAAAUAAUUACAAGAUUACCCCUUGGUUAUUUCCAUUUUCAAUCCGGCCCUUUUUCCACAUAAGCUGGCUCCUGCAUCUUUGGCAAAUCGAUUUCUUUUCAUUGAUGGUGAGAACGGGUAAGUUACAGGUUGUUAAUAUCAUUUUUGUUCAUCAUUGGUUUUCAAAUGUUCGUUAUGAUCUCAUAAAAAGUUAUUUAGUAAUUGAUUCCAUAAUUUAUUGUCUUCAAUUCUUUUUUCAGUUUCUUUUAAUUAUUUGAUGCGUGUAUGAAGGUUCUUAGGUUGGUGUUAAUGGACUGUAAUAGAAAUUACUUAUUAUUUCUUACAUAGAUUCAA